GGAGAUUUAUUAUGUAAUCAAUGACUCGUGACCACAAAUCACCGAUUGUCAUAUGCUAGAAGGGAACAAAUAGAGAUUCGGACUGUAGUGCUGGCUGGCGUGGAGAAGCGUGCUGGCUGGCGUGGAGAAGCCCCGCGGCUUCGGCAUGACAGGAAGCACUUGGAAGCGGGAAGCAGGAUGGCAAUAGUAUAUGCCUCCCAACGGGGUCGCAACUGCAUCUCCUGGCAUUUUUAGGAAAAAUGCGAGUCAAUCUGUGUACCACGCAAAUCCAGCAUCACAAACUUCUCUUUCACUAAGGGGAGGGGGGAUUUAUUUUGCUCACAAUAUUUGCGCCGGCCCGUCGUUUGCGAAGCACAACUCGUAGGUUGCGACUUCGGUUGAUGCUGGAGGUCAGCAUGCAAUACAGAUUUAGAGAGUGAGGCGCUGGGCGGGGUGCGUCGUAGCACCAGGGAAACUUUUGAAAGUUUCAAGAUUUCUUGAAAACCGAGCUGAUUCAACUUUCAAAGUUUCCAUCCAUUUAUGGUUUCCACCUUUUUACAGUUUCAAGCCUUUUGCAACUUUUACACAUCUUACCCUCCUACAGCUUCAAGCUUCUUACAGUUUCAAAAUAAAGGAAGGACGAACAGGGGGACCGGGUUGAGAUCCGAGAUCCGACAACCCGGAUCCCGGACCCCCCCCUCCCCCCCCCUCUCCCACCUCCCCCCUCCGCCUUGUGUUUUCAAGAUAUCGCGACAACCGACCUGACGCAGCUUUUCGAUUUUGUCCGAAGUGGGUUUGUUUCGAUUUUGUCCCAAGUGGGUUUGCAAAGGGCGGGGCCACAGCCCUACUUACACUUUCCGCCCGGUGUGUAAGUUGCGGGGCCCCGGGCUUAAGUCCUUAAGAUAGGCGCGGGCUUGGGGACUUGGGUUGCCGCCCCCCCCGUAUUUCUGUGCUGUUGGGUCUGUUGCCAACAAAGUGCGUCGACCCCAUCUCCCGGCCACAGACCUAUCCCUCAACUCAGGCGCGUAGCGCAAGGCUUGGGGCGCCGGGCUUUCGACCUUAAGUCCGGCGCGACCAAUAUGCUUUCCAAUGUUUUCAUGUUGUUGGGGUACCUUCGUAGUGUUGGGCUUCUGGCCCUUGCCAACGGAGCCGACUCCCGAUCCCCCCGUCCCCCCCUUCCCCGCUUCCUUGUGUUUUCAAGAUGUGUGCUUUCAAGAUGAACCCAGACCCGACUUGAUUCUCCCUUUCAAUUUUCGGAUUUUUCCAUGGGUCGGAAAAGCCCCCCCCACUUCGACGGAGAAUUUUUCUUCAAAACAUUGGGAGGCGAAAACGACACAGCUGGCGCAUAUACGAUCGCGGCGCUUUUAGCUUCGCAAACGCCUUUAUCCAGCGCGGCCCGGAAAAAGUGAAACAUCACUGAGAUUUCGCUCCUUUUUCCAGUGCGGCACUGAGAAAGGAAUGAAAACUCCCUGCGCUUUCACUUUUUGAGAGGUCUCACUUUUGGGCCAUCCCGGAGAAGUGGCUCGCAAAGCGAAACUUUUCAAAAAGUGAAAUCUCGCGGAGAUUUCAGUCUUUGAAAAAUUUCACAGACUUUUGGACCAUCCGGGCGAAGUGGCUCGGAAAGUGAAACUUGUCGCCACACUUGUGUAAUCGAAAAGAAACAGUCGGGCAAUGUUUUUUCCUCAGCGGGUGACGAAAGAAAAGACGAGUCUCUCAUGCUGAAAUCAAACGCAUUCCAUUUCAAGCGUGACAGUCUUAUUUGGGAAUCUCAGUCAAUAGCUCGACUGAAAGACUUUUUUGUGUGUUGCCGCCCGUGUUCGCAAUUCUUCGGUCAACGAAAUUUCGCAAAAAGUGAAAUAGCAGGGAGAUUUUACAACGUUUUGAAAAGUCUCACUUCGGGGCCAUCCCGGAGAAGUUGCUCGGAAUACGAAACUUCUCAGAAAGUGAAAUCUCACUGAGCUUUCAGUCUUUGAAAAGUUUCAGACUUUUGGGCCAUCCCGGCGAAGUAGCUCGGAAAGUGAGACUUCUCAAAAAGUGAAAUAGCAGGGAGAUUUUACAACUUUUUGAGAAGUCUCAUCUUGGGGCCAUCCCGGAGAAGUGUCUCGGAGAGUGAAGCUUCUCAGAAAGUGAAAUCUCGCUGAGAUAGAAAGUGAAAUCUCGCUGAGAUAGAUAGCGAAAUCUCGCUGAGAUAGAAAGUGGAAUCUCACUGAGAUUUCACUUUUUGAGAGUGCUAGCCUAUGCAGCCCUACCCCAUACAUUACUUACUUGACCACCCCGCCCAAGUACUACUACGAAGCCAGUUGCCUGGAAUUUACAGAAGACGGGCCAGGUAAAAAACAAAGAGAGGCCCCGCAUUGCCGAGGAAUGCAAUCACCGCGCGCGUUGUUCAUCACGCGUGUCGCUGGCUUCAUAAUGCAGAGGCGGGCACAGCGACAGCAGUGGGCUGCUGCAUUACUUCCACCCGGGCACACUGCCGCACUGCGUUGGCCCUGGGCAUUAAAGGUUGCGACUUCGGUUGAUGCUGGAGGUCAGCAUGCAAUACAGAUUUAUUAUCACUCGAAAUGAAAUAGUACAAGACCAGCUUUUUUACAAGAUCGAAGCUGUCACAGACAUCCAGCCAGGGAGUAUGAUAUUUGCAAAGAUGCAUACUUGCCUGGAUGCUGCAAGUUCUAGUACCUUCAGUUGAGACCUAUGAUCCAUGUGUGCUCGUGUUCUGACUGUUUUCAGUGUCGUUAGUUCACUUCACAGCUCGCUCUUUUGCGAAGAUGAGAAGCACUGCGGCUGAAUGAUUCUUUAGCCUCCACCUUCGCAAGAAUGCUCUUUUAGUCUAGUUUCUUAGCCAGGAGCUUCCAAAAACUUCUUCUACCGCAC